UCUGGUAUUACUGCUCACCUUGGGGGAGUAGCCUAUGGUGAAUUUGGUGUUGACAUACUAGUUGCAUUCGGUGGUAUUCGUAUAGAAGGACGAGUUCUACAAAUAUCGCUCGAUAUAUCCGCCUCAGUGAAUUGGAACAAACCCCCUGUGACCCUGAGCUAUUCUGUUGACUUGGACGUCGUCCCACUGGAAUUAAGACUCAGCGUAGUUGUCUAUCUCCGCCUACUUUUCUGGGAGAAAAAGAUUUUUGACCAAAACAUAUGGACUUUUAAGUUAUUUCCUUACCAUGCUACUGUGUUCAGAUACACGAAACAAAAUGGUAAACCUAGCAUCAUAGACGGUUCAAGUUCGUCUUUCUCAUAUUUCAAGCAAGGCCGUAGAAUAAAGAGAGGUGUUACUGAUGGCUGUAAUGUGUACCAGGUUCCAAGGAGAGAUUCAACGAACACCGCAUUUAUCCUAUCUACUGGCUUAAGCUCUUCACUAGGAGAACUUUCUCUCACCUACGCUAUUGGUACCACACCUGGCGGUACGGACGCCUUAGGUUGGUCUAAGUUGACAAAACCUGGUCUUUUGGCACCACUUCCUUUACCCAAUGGUAUUCCCUUGUUUUGGUCAGUUAAAGGAACAACAACCGAUCAUCAGUCCCGAACAACACAGUGUACUCUUAAAACAUAUGAUAAUACACCCCCAGACGGACGAAUGGAUGUACAGUAUGAUUACACAAGUCAUCCACAUAAGAUUGGUGCUAAAAUAGUCGUGUUUGAUGACUCCCCUCUGAUGAUAAACCAUACAUAUGCUAUUGGACUCUCAAACGGUUACAAUGGCAAUCAGUUCCUUGACUGGUCCUUAUUCAACUUUUCGAAAGUAGCUACGAAAGCUAAAGAUGUUGGGUCAUUUGGAAAUGGAAAAACAGGAAAACUCACAUCUAAACCACUAAAAUCACUUAAAGCGACAGAUCAUACUGAUUGCGCAGAAGAAUGCAUAAAUUUUGGUGAAAAAUGCAUUUCGUUUGACUACGAGUUCCAUUCUGAAAUUUGUGAUCUUCACUCCGUCAUUGAAGGACCACUUGCAGAUGUGAGACUGAGUGGUACUUACAAACAUUUUGAACGAUCAGACCUUGGAAGCACACAUUCAUUUGAACACAAUCUUAUUUUAUUGCAUGGCGAAAGAUAUUUCCUAAAUGCAGAGAUUACAAACGUUUUAAUGUAUAAAAGUCUAUUGUCAUCCAAAGGAACCAUCGUUGACUUUACUCCACCAGAACCUCACUUCAUAGGGAAUGCAAUCCAAGAUGAACUUUCAGCUGACAAAUGCCAGGCAUCAAUAAUUCAAAGAUGUGAAGAUGUUACAUGGAAGAACAAUCACAGAAAAAUUAAAGACGGGGAAGAUGCAGAAACAGUUUACAAUGGACAUCACCCACAAGUGGAGACACGAUACACAUUGACAAAUCAUUUUGCAUCAGCUAACUGGAGACCUUUCACUGAUAAAGAAAGCGGAAUUUUUGGAUAUACGUGGGCAUUUGGCAGUACCAUCUGUGGGACAGAUAUUUCUGAUUACGUAAAUCCUCAUAAACAUCUUUCAGACAAAAAGUUUUGGACAUAUACGGGAUAUGCUCGAGAUAUACAUCUUCCUGACGGAAAAUAUUAUACCACCGUGCAGGCCAUCAACAACGUGAUUCACGGUGGUUCCCUAGUAACCACUGUUUGUCACUCAACCCCUAUAGUUGUUGAUACAACACCUCCUUUAUUUAAAGGUGUCUCCGAUAUACUAUUUGACGAAGACUUCAAUAUUAUGGCCAUAUAUUUUGAAGCAGAAGACAAAGAAUCAUUCUUGUCGCGGAUUGAUUUUGGACUCGGAAAAACAAAACAUGACGUGGAGGUUCGAGGUUAUUCGGAAAUAUCGUAUCCAAAAAGGGAGAACCCUUACAUUUUGAUAACUGAUCUAAACAUAACAGAUGGAGAACCGGCUUGGUUAAGACUUAGAGCUGUCAAUAAUGUCGAAUUGUCAAAAGCUGGGCAUAGCGAUGACCCUAUACUUAUUGAUAGAACCAAUCCUAUAGCAGGGGAGGUGUUGGAUGGAAGUACUCUCGGACAAGAUCAAACCUAUCAACCUGAAAAUAAUCGGAUAUGUGCAAGCUGGAAGGGCUUUUAUGACCCAGAAUCUGGAAUCGAAGAAUAUCACUGGGGUGUUGGAAGCUUCCCGGGGCUUGAUGACAUCGUUGCCAUGGAAACAUUAUCUAGAGGCACUAAAAACAAAUGUUCCUUUGCAAACCUUGCUCACAAUACAACUUACUACUCUGUCAUAGAAGCAAAAAAUAGUGCACUGAACUCAAAAACCAUCAAGCAAUCAUCCAAUGGAGUUCUUGUGGAUAUGACUAAACCAAACGCUGGAUGGGUUAAUGAUGGAGAUGACCCAGAAAAGGACCAGGUUUUCUCCUCUGAAUCUGCCUUGAUAGCAGCAAGAUGGGGAAACUUCUCAGAUGAAGAAAGUGAAAUAAAUCAUUACGUUGUAGAUGUUUUCGUAAAUGAUGUAAAAACUAGAACUUUUGACGUUGGUAUUAAAAACGCGUUCGAUGAUUUCUCGAUGAGUUUUGCUCAAGGAGAUCACAUUUAUUCACUUGUCACGGCAUAUAAUGGAGCCGGAUUGUCAGUGAAAAUGAAAUCAAGUGGAUUUAUUAUUGAUCUAACCCCGCCAAAUUUGAAAUACAUUCAUGACACAAAAAAUGGACUAUCCUUUCAAAGUGACUCUCAGUCCCUUUCAUAUGCCUGGAAAUUCUUAGACCCAGAGUCAGGCAUAAAACAAUAUCGUCUAACAGUAUUUGAAGUGCAUCAAGGCAUGAAACUUAAAUUCUACCCGACAAACGAAGAUUUUAUUCGUACCAAUGCAGAAAAUAUUACUUUAUCUGGUCUUUCUUUGCAAAAUGGAAGAAAGUAUCUCGUCAAAAUUGUUGCUAUCAAUAAUGCAGACAUGCCUGUAUCACAUGAAUCAGAUGGCGUGAUGAUUGAUACAUCAGCCCCAGUCAUCUCACAGGUUCAUAUCGGACUACCAGAGGUCGAGGAGGAAGAAGAAGAUGGAAAAGUGAUGCAUGCAGAUCAGUCUGCGAUGACGGUCAGUUGGAGAGCUGAAGACUAUCAGAGUGGAAUUGUGAAGGCAUGGGUAGCAAUUGGACUUAAUACCAACGACACAUCAAUAACGAAUGGGUUCAAAGAAUUUGACGAUGGAAAUGUGGCGCGGCUCUCUGAUCUUUCCUUAACUCCUUCAUCGAUCAGUGACACAGAAAUCCAGUAUUACUAUGUAAUGGUAAAAGUAAUGAAUGGUGCAGGUUUGUUGUCAUUACAAGCUAAUUCAAAACCAGUUUACGUAAUGAAGAGUAAUGUACCCGGAACCGUGUACGAUGGACGUGAAGCGUUAUCCGAUGAAGACUUUACUUAUGAUAGAACAUCACUAGCCAUGUCUUUUAAUGGGUUCGAAAGUGAGGCAUGUAAUCUUAUUCAGUAUGAAUGGGCCAUUGGAUACAAGCCAUUUACAUACGAUGUUUUACCGUUUACCGACUAUGGAAUUGUGAUGCAUAAUGAAACCUUUGGUCAGGCUCAAAUACAUUUAUCGUUAUACGAGGGUUCCACAUAUUUCAUAACUGUUCGAGCAAAAACUGGUUUCAAUUGCCCAAUGGGUGAAUACGUCAUAUCUUGUUCCGAUGGUAUCAAAUUAGACACCACAAAACCGCAGAUUGGUAUGAGCUAUGAAGAAAACACAAUUACGCCAAAUUCAAUGCCUCUCUAUCAGACCAGUAUGGAUUCUGUCAAUUUAAAGUGGAAGAUCAAGGAUUCGUCAAAGAUCUCAGAAUCGUGGUGGUCGAUUGGAAGCCUUCCAAAACAAGAAGAUGUUUCGAAGAAAAUUAACACCAUGGACAAUUUUAUUCCUAGUGGAUUUUUGAAAUUGUCUCAUGGACAAACAUUUUAUGUCAAUGUUGGUGCUAAGGAUAAAGCUGGAAAUGAAAUGAUUACGUCUUCACCUCCGAUUACUAUUGAUACCACUCCUCCUGAAAUUCACAAUUUCACAUGUACUCCCUUUAUUUCUUUGCGUAAGUCCUUAGUCGUCUGCACCUGGGCUAUGAUAGAAGAAUGGGAAAGUGUUUUAGCAAACACUGCUAUUGGCAUCGGUAGGAACGAAACCUAUCCGGAUAUAUCAGAAUUCCAUACAUUUUCAAAACUGACGAGAAGCUGGACUCGAGAUCUUCGCUUGAGGUUAAAGAAUGGCAACUUUGCCCAUAUUCAUAUAAUAGUUAAAAUGCAAAAUUUGGCUGGUUUAGAGACUUACAAAUCUUUCAAAAUAGUCGUGGAUUCAACUCCACCAUCUGGAGGAAUUGUACAAAUUGUGACCACAACUGCAGCAACAAAUGCAUCAAGAAACGUUCAACGAUGCCAAAUUCCCCAGACAUAUUUAGAAGCUCGAGUUGCCAGCUGGGGAGAUGCUGAAUCUGGAAUUGACAGGUAUCAAGUAGCUGUUGGGUGUGAUGGAAAAUCUACCAAUAUUCUCAAAUUUAGUAAUUGGAUUAUAAAUGACGUCAUAUUAAUUCCUAAUCUUGAUAUGAUAACAGGAAGUAGGGUCGUAGUGACUGUAAGGGCGUUCAAUAAAGCAGGGCUGUAUGGACAAGUGAAAUCCGAUCCAGUCAUUAUAAGUCCAAAUCCCAAACUGUAUGUUUAUGAUGGUCCAACGGAAAUUGAUAUAGACUACCAGAAGUCACUGUCUUCCAUUGAGGGGAAUUGGCGAUAUUCAGAUAAUUGUCACAUCGAAUCGGUUGAAUGGGGAGUGGAAAGUAUCGACGGUAAAGUAAUUCAAAAAUUUCAACCUGUGCCAUCCGCCUUACAUCAUUUCUAUUCGGAUCUAAUAGACCUACAAAAUGGCGUCACUUAUAUAAACAUUAUUAGAACCAUUGAUGUACUUGGAAGGGUUCGUGAGAGUAGAUCCAAUGGUCUGGCUGUAAAAAUUCAACCUCCAACCCCUGCAACCGUGAGGGAUGGAUCGGACGACGAUUUGGACUAUCAAGAGUCAACUAACGAAUUGCAGAUCAAUUGGGACUCAUUUGGUAAACCGAAUAGUAAAGAUCCAACAGAAAGAAUUGUCAGGUACGAGGUUGCUCUGGGAAAUGAUGUUCGAUUCGAAGAGACUAGAAGUAAUGUUCAUUAUUUUCUUGACGCAGGACUUUCAAACAAUUAUGUUUUCAAAGGACUUAACCUUACAUCAAAAACUGUGACAUAUUACGCAACAGUUCGGGCAUAUAGCCAAGCUGGAAGUUUCCAAGAUGGGAUUUCUGAUGGAAUUAAGGUUGGUUUCAGAGAGGUGUUAACAGAAGGUAAUAUCGAAUAUAAUGCUGCCCAAUAUAUGACUGACAAAAUAUCCGUUUCCUGGUCAGGCUUUGAGGCAGAUAUGGGAAUUGAUCACUUUGAGGUUGGUAUUUCAUCAAGACCGCCAUUAUAUCCUAAUGGAACACAUGACUGUUAUACAUUUAGGGAUUUCGAUGAGGUUUUUAACACCAAGAAGAUGGAAGGAGUGGGGAAAGACACUUUCAAAAAUUUAAAACAGUUAUCUCUUCUUCACGGUCACAGUUACUUCGUCACUGUUAUUGCAGCAGAUGUUACAGGCAAAUGUGUUGGAAGCACUGGCAAAGCGGUCAUUAUUGACACAUCACCCCCUGAAAAGGGAAACGUUACCAUCCAAGGAAAAUAUUCUGAUAAUAUUGUUUACAUCAAACAUUAUGAUCAGAUAACUAUUGAAUGGAAUGGAUUUCAAGAUAACGAAUCUGGUAUAUUGGAAUAUGAAAUAAAGUUGUAUUCUUCAACAACAUGCUAUGAUGACGGUAGUGACCCAGAAAAAAAUACAGAUAUUCAUACACCAGAAAAAGCUGUAACUGUCAAAACUGAGAACAAAAUUACGUUUUAUGAAUUAUCUCUGAAGCAGUUUAAAACAUACAUUGUCAAAGUGACAGCUAAAAGUAAAGCUGGACUUCAGACUUCAAGUUUGUCGGAAUACAUCAAAUGCGAUACAACUCCACCGACGAAAGGAACAGUUAAAGUUGGUGACAGCUGGUUCAAAGAAGCUGCAUUCCAGCCUUUUACAGAUAAAUUAAAUGGAACAAUCGCAUUAGCACAUUCCGAAAUGGCAUAUCAGUGUCAAAGUCAAAGACCAUUGGACGCACAAAAUGAACUGGAACCUAUGAAAGGACGUUUCCGAACUGAAUGUGUCAUUAUGUCAGAUUCAAAAGUGAAAAUUGAAAUCCGUCAUGAUGAUAAUUUACGUGGCAUCAUUAAAGGAGGUGUAGAAUCGAUAAAGAAAGAAAUAAUAGCAGGAAAUUAUUCCAGUAAACUCACAACUGCUAGAGGUAAACGGAUGGUGACUUCAAUUUUUCUUGCAACUGGAAGUCAAUUUGUUAAAGAAGAAUUAGAUUUUCAAGUUAAAGAAAAUCAAACUGACAUUGAUUAUGAUUUAAACAAUACUUUAUCUGAUUCCUUUUCAAACAUAACAAAUUUUGAAACUUCCAAUAUGGAAAUGUUAAAUGAUUCGAAAAUGUUGAAUAAAAGUACAGUGAACUCCGGCAUGUCCAAAAAUAUAAACCAUACAUCAAAUGUCGAAAAGAGUUCUGUUUUAGGAUUAAACGAUAUUUUCGGCUUUGGAUUUCACAUACCAGGAUACACAAAAGAUAAGCAGUGGUUUGUUUUCGUAUGGGUAUUCGACCAGUACAUCUCAACAUCUAGACAAAUACCAAUAGACUUUGACCCAACCGUUUCAAAUGUAGAAUAUACCAUCCAAUUAACAAACAGCACAUUUGUUGGAAAAAAUGUCUGGAAUGUUAAAUAUUUCAUACAAUCUGAACAGAUUGCAGAAUUUAAUGGCUUGCGAUUUGAAGAAUAUGGAACAUUUGGUGUCUAUAACUGGAACGAAAAUGAAUACGUGCCACCUAUAGAAAAUAUCGAUUUUCCUGUUGCAUUUGAAGCUAGUAGUACCAUAGAGAUAAUGAAAGAACCGAUUCCGGCUGACAAGCCCUGUAUGUUCGGGUCGUCAUUUUUUGAAAAGGACAGUUUUAUUCAAGAGUUUUGGGUUAAGGUGUCUGAGUAUGAGAAUGAGACAGAUACUUCAUUUGAUGAUUAUUUGUUAUAUGCUUCAUUCUGCCAGAAAUGUGCUGAAAAUUGUAAUAUUGGAU